AUGGCUCCAGUGCCUGGUGAUCUUGCCAAUGGUACAAACAGCCGCUGUGCGAAAUUCUAUCAAGUUCAACCGGAUGGGUAUUGUAACCUCCUCAUCCUCAAGUUCAGCAUCAGCCUCGUCGACUUCCGAUUCCUCAAUCAAGGCAUCAACGAUAACUGCACCAAUCUUUUCGCGUUUGAAAGCUAUUGUGUAGAGUCUCUAGGACCGAUUAAUGAAUAUCCCGGUCACCCCGACUACAUACCGCCGCAAUCAUCGAUUCCAGAGAUCCCUUACAGCAAUCUUCCAAAGGCAACCUUCACUGCGCCCAAGAUUACGGGUCUGCCUACGGCCGCACCGCUCGCCAAGGGAACAAGAAGAGAUUGUUAUCUUUUCAUGAACGGCGCAGAUCUCGCCGUGGAUGAAGAUAUUCUGCCUGGUUUCAAGAAUCUUUCUCUUGACGUUAACUCUACAAGUUGCGCGCCAUCGAAAGACUUUCGCUAUUGCAUGGCAGCUUAUAACGCUGCAUCGGUCACUAAGCCUUCUUUACCUGAAGAUACUAGAUUGAGCUAUCCAAUAAGGGAGGGCGCAAUCGAGGGAUGCGUCGAGUACAACGCCGCUAUCGCGCCGAUGACUUGCAAAUCAUUCCUGGCUUUGAACAGAAUAACCAUAGCACAGCUGUUCAAAUGGAACCCUCCUGUCGGUGCUAACUGUAGUAACUUAUGGCUUGGUUAUCAGUACUGCAUUAGUACAGAUGCUGUGCCUACCGAUAUCGCGUCUAGCACUGAUACGCCGACUACAACACCAACGCCAACUAAAACUAAAACUACAUCAGUAACCCCAAGUCCAACGGCCCCAAGCGCUCCAGGCCCAACGCACUUCGGUACUGUCGAGAAUUGUGAUGAAUGGCAUGUUGUUGGAGACAGUGAUACGUGUUGGUCUAACACGCAGGAUCAUGGUAUCACGCUCGACCAAUUCUACAAGUGGAACCCGGCGAUUCAAAACGAUUGUGCUACCAAUUUCUGGCCGACGUAUGCGUACUGCGUAGGGGUUUCGGCCUGA